AUGAUAUCGGAAUUUGCAAAAGAAAAAGUGUUCUGGACGAGAAAGAUGAAUUUAAGAUUAGUAAAAUACAUCCAAAGCAAACCAAAUAUUUGGAAUCCUAAACAUCCAAAGUAUACUUCGGUCGAAUAUAGAGAUAGAACUUAUGCAGAAUUCGCUGCCAAGUAUGGCAAUGAAUUUACAGGUCAAGCAGUCAAAGACAGAUGGACUAACAUUAGAUCUACAUUUUCAAAUUAUUUAAGAAAAGUCAAAGCUAGUAAAUCAAAAAAUAUUGAUGAGGAAUAUCAAGUAAAUUGGCAUUUAUGGGAUGCUUGCCAGUUUCUUCAGAAAGUUAAUAGAGCAGUAAAAAAUAAUCCAAAUAUUCUAGAUAUUGAUGAGGAAGAGGAAGAGGAUGACCUAAGUUUAUCCAAAGAAAAAUACUACGAAACUGAACAAGACCAGUAUUCUGAAAAUAAUUCUUCUAGUGGUUCAAUUACAUGCAAAAAUGUAGCUGACAACUUACUAACAGUAUUUAAAGGUGUUCAAAAUGAUGCAUUUAGCUUAGAAAAUACAAAGUAUGGAAAAGUAGGAAAAGCUGUUACUAAAAAAUUAAGUCAACUGAAUUCAUUUGAAGCUGCAAAAAUAUCAGGAAAAAUUAUUGAAAUACUUUGUCUCUAUGAUGAAAGAAAUCCUUAUAACCCCAAUAAAAUGAAGACUGAAAAUAUG